AUGAAUAAUGUCCUGUGUGCAGAGCAGGCCAUCCGGUGCGGGCUUCUGGUUGUGGCUCUUCACCUUGCUGCGUCUCAGGAUCCUUGGCCCAUUUGCGAGAACCGAGAGUUUCGAGAUGAUGAAACUGAGCCUGGCGGUCUGAAACUCUUGGGAGUGAAGGAGAGCCCCCUUGGCUAUUUCCCUCCCUUUCCCGCGGCCCUGACGCAUGAGCACUUCUUUCAGCAGCUGCGAGAUGUGCUGAGCGACGACUGCCCGCGCAUCUUCGUAGAAAUUGGUUUGCAGCCUGCUGCAGGCCGCUUGCGGAACUGGUCGGCCACAGCGCUGUGGCUUCGAUAUUUCAAUCACUCUGGACUUGUUCUGGCUGUAGAUCCUGUGGCAGACUUUCUGGAGCACUUUGCCAACACCCUCAAGCAGGAGCCUUGGGCAUCCAUCGCCGGAAACAGGGUGAAGGUGAAGGAGCUACAAGCCAGGGUUGCAAGCACAGAAGAAGCCAAGGUGAAACAGCUUUGUGCUGAUGGCAACGGGCUGGUUGACAGUCUGUCACACCCCUGCUAUCAAAUUCGGAGACGAGAUUCGUGGCAACACCUGGACUAUACUGCCCCGCUCCUGACUUUCGAUGCGAUUUGGAAAGAACAUUUAGGUGGCAGGCACAUUGAUUUUCUGCACUUGAAUCUGGGUGGAAAUAGCAUUGUCCGCAUGUUUCAUCAGGGAUUUUCAAGAGUCAUUCUAUCAAGAGCUCUGACAGCGCUAUCGUUGCGCAUUGACAAGUCCUGGACAAAGAAAGACCUUCAGACCAUAGUGGAGUACUUGGACAAAUUCGAGUACUUUUCCAUGUUCCGAAUGGUGUGUCGAGAGAGCAGCCAGGUUGGUACAUUUGCUUACUAUGGUCCCGGUGGAGUAAAUGUUGGGCCAACCACCUACUUGCCUCUUAGCUCCAUGGACAUCGAUACAAUAGUUGAUUGGGAGAAGAUGCCAUUCCCCCAAGAUGUCAUUGUUUUGGAUCUUCGUCAGCCGGAUAUCUUCAAAACAGUUCAGAUUGGGGAUGCGCAAUGUGAUGCUGAAGAUGAAGCUGACUCUUGUGAUGCCAAUGAUGACCAUUGCAAAGCAGAACAAGUCGCGAGACCUCCAGAGCGUCCUCAACUGACUCGGGUUGUAAAGACAGGUUCGCGUUCCAUCACUUUGGAGUGGCGGCCCCAUCCAGACGGCCCGACUCCGGAUGGCUACCUUCUACGGGUAGAGCCUGGUGCCUUCGAAGAAACUGUGGAUCAUGACACCUUUGAUGCGCUGAGCAGUGUGCAAUCUCACACAAUCAAUGGCCUUCGCCCAGAUGUCGAGUAUACAAUCAGUCUUUGCUCGCUAGGAGUCGGCGGAGAAAGCGGAAAGGUCAUUUUAUCACAUCGCACCGAGAGUGAAGAUGUGUCUCUGAGAGACUCACCCUUCGAUCUUGCUGAAGAUCUGCACUGCGGCAUGGGUGCUGCAGAAGAGGUUCAACCGCCAGGUCCCUCUCCUGCUGGAGCGUCGUAUUUUCCUGGAGUUGGUGAUGUUGAAGGAUGCAAGCUCCGCUGCGAGGGGAAUAGACAGUGCGUGGCUUUCCAGGUUCACGCAGGCAAUGCUUGCUGGCUUUACAGGCAGAAGCCACCAGAUCGGCGACUUGCCGGUCCAAAGUCAGAUUUGGGGUGGUGGUGUGCGAUUAGAAGGCAGUAG